CACCUGCCGGCACCUGAGGGGAGCGGAGCCAUCCGCCGCAGGUGAGCGGGUUGGCUCUGUCAGAGCUGCUCUUCCCGCUGUGCGGUUAACGCUGUUUGUAAAGGGUGGGUAUGAGGACUCGAUCUUUUUCUCAGAAAUGGGGUUUUAAGGACAUGCCGUUCGUCAUAAACGGGAAAAAUAACCUCUUGGCCGGCACACGGCUCAUGUGAUGGUGUUGAAAUAAUGACAGAGUUGGAGAAGCAGUUCGUGCUGUAGUAACUGACCUGAGAGCUCAAGCUGAGAUAUGCUCUGAUUCCUGCUGAGAAAACAGGUAGGACGUUGUUAGUGACGUGGUUUUUCAGCGUACCUGGGUUGUACAGAAAGACUUAAAGCUUUAUUGAAGCACCCAAGCUUUAGUAUGGAACUGUGAGUACUGUUAGCCUGACGCUGUGCUUUGGGAACAUGUUGAGGCACAGAGCUUAUGGAGAGCUGUGUUUGCUCUCAGCUGCACUGUGGUCUGUUGAAUGAAAGUAUUAUCAAGGAGUGAACUGGUUUAAUUGUGGUGCUCGGUUGUCUCUGCCCACAAGGGAUGGGGCCUCUGGAGGUUCGUGUUUUUCUAUAGAAAGUCCCCCUGGGGUUGGUGUGUAACCCAGCCUUGCCCUUCAGAAGCAGCCUCACAGUUCCUCUUAGCAAACUGGCUGAUGCUUUUCUCUUUACUCCCGGUAAUUCGGCAUCAUAAAAGUCCAGCUGUGGGGCAAAGGCUAGAAAUCUCCUCUAUAAUUGGGAGUAACCACUUUCAGGCUUUUAGGGCAGUAGCGUGGUAGGGUGAGAUGCUAGGGGUUACAGCUUGGGCUUCUGCUAUGUCUUGUAUAGGUGUAGGCUGACAAACCCCUGCCCUCUCUCAGCACCCUGCUAGAUAAGUGCUUGGGGGUUCCCCCUCCAUGCCCUGAUGCUGAGUGCCAGCAUGUGGACUGAAGGCUGCUGAGCCCAUCACAGGGUUUUGGAAAGGGGGAUGCAGUAUCGUCUACUCUCUCCAUGUCAUUUUCUGUUCCACCCAUGCUGCGUUUUCCUGUCCUGCCUAUUGAGCUUACGGCACAUGGUCUGAAUUUCUCUGCCAGCUGCAUCAUUUUACUCAUUUUUUUUUGAUGUUAGAGCUGACGUCAGCGCUCUCCAGCCCAUGAGAAAUACGUGCCGCAAAGCUUCCACGUUCUUGCGGGGACGUUAAGAUAGAGAUCAUAACCAGAAACUGUAUCUGGGCAAGCUGCAUUGCUUCAUGACCUCGGGGGACUGAGUCUGCUGGUGGUGCUUGAGAUAAAUAGGUUAUGCUUAUUUCUUUUAUAAGUAUUUUUUUGUUUGCUUGUCAUCUUUUACUGAGAAUAGGUGGCUUAUGAAAAAGGGAAAUGAGAGCUCUCUGAAUGGGGUAUGUGCUGCUGGAGGAAAAGAAGAUUCGUCUCUUCUUCGUUAUCUGCAAGCAUGAGACAGAGAGAAUAAAACUCCAGACCUAACCAUGGAAAAGUUACUUUGCAGUAGUACCUGGAAAUCUGGGUGAUCAUACAGCAGCUUGACUCUUUUUAGCUGUCAUCUUUUUCUGCAGAAAAUCCCCUGUUAUCUCACUCAGCCUUGUGAUUACUACUUUUACUUUCCAUGAAGCCCGUGAAACAAAUGAUCAUAUGAGCAUAAACCAGUCCUUCUGCUUGAGCUGGCGCGCCAUGGCUUUAUUUGUUUUGCUUUUUUUUAAUAGACUGCGAAGGAUCACUGUGAAUCUAUCAUCAGUGUAAAUACGGGUUCGAGAAACAUGACGUCUUUACCCAUUAUACUGAGACCUUUUUGAUGAUUUUGAGUGAUGCAACCAGGAUAAAUAUAAGGAGUGGUUUUGCAAAGUGGACAGUAAUGGAGUAUAUGAGCACGGGUAGUGAUAGCAAAGAGGAAAUUGACUUGUUGCUAACUAAUUUAAAUAUGUCUGAAGUGAUAGACAUCAUGGAAAACCUUUAUCCAGGUGGAGACCUUGCCGUCUAUGAGGACAGCUUAAUUACGAUGUGUGAAGAAGCAAAUCAAAAUGAAGAACGUGCGGAUUCUUUACUGUUUUGUGAGAGGGAGGUUUCUUUGAUGUCCUCCGUCAAAUACGGGACUGUGGAAGACCUGCUUGCUUUUGCAAAUCAGGUGUCUAACACUGCAAAACAAUUUAAAGGAUGCAGACAGCAAGAAUCUGGAAUCCUUUUGAAUAUGAUCACUCCCAAGAAUGGCCGCUAUCAGAUUGACUCGGAUGUGCUCCUGUUUCCAUGGAAGCUGACUUACAGGAAUAUUGGCUCUGACUUUAUUCCACGAGGAGCUUUUGGGAAGGUGUACUUGGCCCAAGAUAGAGAAACCAAGAAACGAAUGGCAUGCAAACUGGUGCCGGUGGAACAGUUCAAACCAUCAGAUGUAGAAAUACAGGCAUGUUUCCGUCAUGAAAACAUUGCUGAAUUAUACGGAGCUAUUCUGUGGGAUGAGACCAUCCAUCUCUUCAUGGAAGCUGGGGAGGGAGGAUCAGUCAUGGAGAAGCUGGAGAGCUGUGGGCCUAUGCGGGAAUUUGAAAUAAUUUGGGUGACAAAGCACAUCCUGAAAGGGCUCGACUUUCUCCACUCCAAAAGGAUUAUCCAUCAUGAUAUCAAACCAAGCAACAUUGUGUUUAUGUCAACUAAGGCCGUGUUGGUGGAUUUUGGGCUAAGUGUUCAAAUGACUGAGGACAUUUACUACCCCAAAGACCUUAGAGGAACAGAGAUUUACAUGAGUCCCGAGGUCAUCCUGUGCCGAGGCCACACAACCAAAGCAGACAUCUACAGCAUGGGAGCUACUAUUAUUCACAUGCAAACUGGCAUUCCACCCUGGGUGAACAGAUACCCUCGUUCUGCAUAUCCAUCCUACCUCUAUAUUAUACACAAACAAGCUCCCCCUUUAGAGGACAUUGCCGAAGACUGUAGCACUUCCAUGAGGGAGUUGUUAGAAGCAGCUCUAGAAAGGAAUCCUAAUCACAGACUGUCUGCAGCAGAGUUAUUGAAACAUGAAGCCUUACACCCACCCCCAGAAGACCAGCCACGCUGCCAGAGUUUGGACUCAGCGUUGUUUGAAAGGAAAAGACUACUUGCAAGGAAGGAGCUGCAGUUGCCAGAAAACAUUACAGAUUCCUCUUUGUGCACUGGGAGCAUGGAGGAGUCGGACCUGGUAAAGAGGCAAAGGUCACUUUACAUAGACCUUGGAGCUCUUGCUGGUUACUUCAAUAUUGUUAGGGCACCGCCAGCAUUAGAAUACGACUGACCCAGUAACGUUCUCUAUCAGCAGGUCAGAAAUGGACCUCUACCUCUUCAAACUUGAUGUUGAGACUUGAUUUUCAAAUUUGUACAUAAAAAAUAUUGCCAUUGUAGGCUGUAAAAUGUGAAUAGUUUAUGAUUGCACAGAUGAUUAAGCUAAACCCCUAGGGGCUCUGAUAAGCUGAUCUGAAGCAAUGGUAUCAGUGCAUCUACUGGCUGACCAACAAGAAGACAACAGAAAGAACACUGCAGGGAAUGUCUUAUCCUGGGGGACCUCCCUGUGCUGGACCUUAGACUUUAGUAAAGCUUAUAUGAUAUGCUUGCAAGUAUUGCCAUUAAAAAGAAAAAAAAAAAAAAUGAAAAAAAAUGAAAAAAAAAAAGAAAAGCAUGUGGGCCAUAAGAUCUGGUCUAUCUGAGCUGUCCUUAGUGAAAACCUUCCCCCAAUAAGUCUUUGUUGAGUCUUUGAAACCUGGCCAGUCUCUGGUCGUUCUCAAUGUAAAUCAGGAGCUUCCUCAAGCUGAGCUAGUUUCUGUCAGGUGUCUCUGGAGUCAAAGCAUCACUUGGUUACAGAUAUGUUUUAGCUUUGUAUCUUCCCUGUCCCGCUGCUCCUUGGGCGGAGGGAGAAUCUGGCUGUAUCUGUUAGCUCUGGGAGUGGCACAGCAAGUUGGCCCUGGCUCCACCUGCUUUCGUUGUUGCAGCUACUGCAAGGAUAUCUCGGCUAGUUUUCAAGGGUAGGGCAAGUGUUAGUUCAUAUUGGUAACAGUGGGCGAUCUCCAGGCUUUUGCUUUUUAAUGCUAUAAACUUGUGUAUGAUUGGCGUGAGCGCUACGGUUUGGAAAGCGUGUCAUUAGUGACAAGCUGUGUUUAUGUUCCUAUGGAAAUGGAAUUAUAUUGUUCUUGCUGUGCCUCAUACAUUUGAAACACGAUGUUUUGGAUGCUAGUAAAACUAUGCAAACUGCAUAGUUCUGUACAUCCCAUGGGAUGAGAACGUAAACUUUUAUAAAACUCUCUUUGAUGCUUAGGAUGACUCUUUUUAAGCAUUUUUGUUACAAUGGCAUACUAUGUAUGUUGUACACUGAAUCUUUUCUGAAGCACGGUCUCUUUUUCAUACAUCCAUUAUUUAAUGCUGCUCCUUUCUAACAUGUGAUCUUGAACAGAUUAUUUCCAGUUUGAUACUGAUACGGUCAAAUGAAUAAAUCCAGCUCAGUGCCUUGAGAA